AUAUGCAAGUGUGCCUUGCUGAAACAUUGUCCCAUUUAAAAUUCGUUGGAGUCUCUCGCUAAAAAUUUAUUUAAAAGUUUUUUAUUGCAAAAUUUACAUUUAACUUCUCAUCAAAAUAAAUAAUACUUUUUUAUCGGUUCGGUUUGAUUAUAUAUAUUUUACACAUAGCGAUUAUGGCAACAGUAAAGGAGUUUCGUAUUUCCCUAGGGACGGAUAAAAAAAAAAACCGACCGGUUGCACCGUUCUCUCAACAAUCCUUGCAGCAAAACACCAGAGUCGUUUCACCUCCAAGAUUAAAUGUUUUUAGUAAACGUCCCGUCAAACGAACCCUGUUCCGGAAAUAUUUUCAACGAGGUGACAUUCCCAUCGAACGGAAAAUAAGAGAUGGCAAGCUUUCUGAGCCAAUCGAUUGGGUGGUACCUCUCCACAAAUUAGAUUAUUCCAUUUAUCUUCCGCUUUUCUUCGAUGGCUUAGCCGAAUCAGUUUUGCCGUAUAAAUUAUUUGCACGCAGUGGCAUUCAUGAAAUGCUGGUGGUUGGUGGUGAUAAGGUUCUACCAGUGGUACCGCAACUAAUAUUCCCAAUUAAGAGAGCGCUGAACACAAGAGAUCCAGACAUAGUUGUUGCAACAUUACAGGCAAUUCAAGAGCUUAUUACCACAUCACCGGCUGUUGGUCAAGCAUUAGUUCCAUAUUAUCGUCAGAUCCUACCUAUAUUCAAUCUAAUGCGAGAAGUAAAUGUAAAUAUUGGAGACAAAAUUGAUUUCAACCGAACUGGACAUGCCGGAGACAUGGUCGAAAAGACGCUUCAGCUGUUGGAGAGAACGGGUGGCCCAUACGCAUACUUAAAUAUCAAAUAUAUGGUGCCGACGUAUGAAAGUGUAAUCAAAAAGAACUAAAAUAUUCCCAACUAGAAAAACUCGGAAACUGUAAAUUCUUAGUGUGGAUCCAAUGUCCAAAUAUAAAUUAAGUUAGUCUCA